UACAGAUAAGUUGCUUUUCCAACAUGGUAUUAGAGCCAUAGGUUCUUUUUUCGCACGCGCAACUCGUGCUAUUUUUCCUCCUUCCCGACGCUCUCGCUGCAGCCUUUCUCGCCGACGCUUCCUCCCGCGUCGUGCUCGUGCUGCAGCCGCGUCUCCAGCUCGGCCCGUGACAUCUCGCUGCUAUCCGCCGCCAGCUUUGGUCUCUCGUCCCGCUCCAGCUCGGAUCUCGUUUCUCCAGGACGUCUCCCGCUCCAGCUCGGAUCGAUCCAGACGGGAUCGAAUCCGGGUCUUCUUUCCGCUCGGGACAGGAGGCGGCUCAUACGCGUCUAAAUCCGGAGGCCGCCGCUGUUACCGAUCCACAAAGCUGCUGCUGCUCUCAGUACGCGUAACAGCCGCCGCUGUUUCCGAUCCACAAGCUGUUGCUGCUCUCAGCACGUAAUAGCCGCCACUGUUACCGAUCCACGAGCUGUUGCUGCUCUCGGUACGGCUAACAGCCGCCGCUUCCUCCACGUGAAAACUGAUCCACCAGCCGCCGCUAAGUCACUGCUGCCAGCCGCCGUUCCUAAAAAAAAAAUGUCUGCUGCAUUCGGCUACGUUGUUGUUCCUCAUUGUCCGGUGAUCUUUGAUGGCGCUAACUACACCGAGUUCAUUGGCUUCAUGCGCAUUCACAUGCGUGCCAUCCGUCUAUGGGGUUUUCUUUCUGACGAGGUAUGACCGCCAUGUCCAGUUCCUCCCAUGGCUCCUACUCCGCCGACUCCACCGGCUCUUCCUGCGGAUGCUCCUCAGACCACAAAGGAUGCGGCUAAGCUUGCUGACGAGGCCGCUGUGAGUGCUUAUGAUGAGAAGGUCUUGGCUUAUGAGGAGGCUCUUUAGCUGUAUCACGGUGCUCUGUCCGCUUACACCCAGUGGCUUGAUGAUGAUGCUCGUGCUGCAGCUGUUCUCACUGCUAGUGUUCUGACUCAGUUUGCCUCUGAGUUUUUGGGCCUUCCUACUGCCUUUGAGAUGCGGACUCGCCUUCGUCAGCGCUAUGCGCCCUCUGGUGAUGCCUUAUACUUCUCCGUGGUUCGUCAGGAGCAUGCUCUUCAACAGGGUGACUCUACUGUUGAUGACUUCUAUGCACAGAGUUCUGCUAUCUGGCGCCAGCUCGAUUCUCUCCGCGCUGCUGGUUGUCGUACUUGCCCCUGUUGCCAGGCUGUCCAGGCCAACUUGGAGUUUCAUCGCGUCUACGAGUUCCUGUCUCGGCUCCGUAAGGAGUUUGAGUCCCGACGUGCUCAGUUGUUUGCUCGUGGCCGUAUUUCUCUCAUGAAGGCGCUUUCUGAGAUUCGUGCUGAGGAGACUCGCUUACGUGGUGCUGGUUUGCUGGAGGUUCCCUCGGUGCUCGCUGCUCGGGCUACUUCUACGCCACCUACUGCACCGACCCCUUCUCACUCGAGUGCUCCGCCGCUCUUGCCCACUCCUUCUGGAGGCUCAGAUCGCCUCCGUCCACAUUGUGGCUACUGCAACCAUGAUGGUCAUAUUGAGUCCCACUGCUACACGAAGAAGAAACACUUGCGCCAGGCGCAAUCACCAUCUACAGAGACUUCGUCAUCUACCUCGACAGCUUCAGCCAUCGCUUUGACUGAGCAAGAUAUUCUGAGACUUAAGCGUCUGCUCGCUGCUUCAGGUUUUCCUCGACGGGUACUGCUGGUAUUGUGACUCAGGCUUUCCGCACUGAGCAACCACCUUCUACACAGUCAGGACCGUCUCACGCACACUCUGGUUGGAAUUGCCUUCGCCGCCAUGAUUUUUUUUUUCUCUUUCGCUGCCAUCAUCCCUAAUCUAGUGGGUGUUUUCUAGUUUUCUUUGUUUUCCGCUGCGUCCACCAAAUCCGUUGAUAUUUUGUGUUUUCCCAUGCCAUGGGAGUCCACCAUAUCUUAGUCCGUCAGCCUUUCUCCGGUCCUGAUCCUUUCUAUGCAACUUUUGUGGCCUACUUGCCCUUGUUGUUUUCUAUAAGAUUGUCUGGACUUCUUUUGCAUUGUCGAUCUACGUCUAUCGUGCCUUAUCCGCCGAGCUUCUUUCGCCGACGGUUGUCGUGGAUUAUGAUUUUCUGCACAAUGCUUUAUUCUCUUGAUGUGCCAUCUUCUUUUGACAACCCAUCUUCUCUUGAUACUUAUGUUGUAUCUUCAAGUGAUGCGGUGUCUUUCUCUGAUGUGCCAUCUCUUCGGUGUCUUCCUCUGAUGUGUCAUCUUCUUUUGACAACCCAUCUUCUUUUGAUACUUAUCUUGUAUCUUCAAGUGAUGCGGUGUCUACCUCUGAUGUGCCAUCUCUUCGUUCUCUCCUUCGGCGACUCGACAAGUUUUGAAGACUCUUCAUGCUACGACGACACUCUCAAGACGCGGAUUUGGAUUAUCAUUGUUUUUUAGUAUUACACUUCUUCAAAUGCAAUGCUAUUGCAUACGCUUUGCAUUUGAGGGGGAGUGUUAGGAAGUAUUAGUAUUAGUCUAGAAGUCCUUAUUAGUCUAUUAGUAUUAGUCUAGGAGUCCUUAUUAGUCUAUGUUUACUUUCCUUGCACCUCAAGUUAUGUGUAAUAUAUAUAUGCCCCUUGGGCCUUCAAUACAGAUAAGUUUCUAACAAGAUCGUCUAUAAGAAGGGACUUAAUCCCAAUGAAUAAAGAGGUCAAUUUAGAGUAUUUUCUUACAGUAGCUGCCUAAAGUAAUCAGUAAUUCGUGUUCUUUCAAUCCACCAGAGUAUUCAUUAAAGAUUGUACAACAAGAAGGACAAUAUAGGAUAUUCCACAAAUAAGAAAUAAAUGGACAAUGUAGGAAAUAAGAGAAUGGAUAUAUUAUACAGGAAGUGAUUGCAG